GAGAGACAGUGAGAAAGAGAGAGAGAGCUGGGGAGAGAGAGAGAGAGAGCUGGGGGGAGAGAGACAGUGAGAGAGAGAGAGAGAGCAAGAUCGAGAUGACAGGCAGGAAACGCCUGGAGUCACAGGACUGAAAUAAAGCAGAACAGAGUAUAACUGGAUGACCAGGGGGAGCUGUCUGUGCCAGGGAGAGGGCCAGAGGUUUAGCCAGCUGCAAGGGCAUCCUGUGUCUCCUCUUACCUACUGACAGAAGUGGAGAAAGAAGAGUGAGGAAGACUGACAGAGAGACGAGAGGAGAGCAACAGACAGGCCUGUAGAAGCUGUAGCAGUAUGAAUGGUCACCGGGGUUUCUCUGUGCUGCGUUCUGAGGCAGCAGGGGCUGUGAGGACAGCUCUGGUAUCUGCUGAGAACCUUCAGCUCACCUUAAAGACUGAACUCAGCCAGGAGGAGCAGCACCUCACACCCCACACACACACCAAUGGAGGCCCCGAUGAGACACACACCAAAGGGUACUGUACAGAAGUGAAUGAAGACCUUAAAGAGAUGCUUGAGAGCAACAAGGAGUCGCUUAAACUGGAGGCCAUGAAGAGGGUUGUUGGGCUGAUCGCAAAGGGGAAGAAUGCCUCUGAGCUGUUCCCAGCAGUGGUGAAGAACGUGGCUAGUAAGAAUAUAGAGUUGAAGAAGUUGGUGUAUGUGUACCUGGUGAGGUAUGCAGAGGAGCAGCAGGACCUGGCUCUACUGUCCAUCAGCACCUUUCAGAGGGCCCUCAAGGACCCUAACCAGCUGAUCAGAGCCAGUGCUCUCAGGGUUCUGUCCAGUAUCAGAGUCCCAAUCAUCGUUCCCAUCAUGAUGCUGGCCAUCAAGGAGGCUGCCUCCGACAUGUCCCCUUACGUCAGGAAAACAUCCGCCCACGCCAUCCAGAAACUCUACAGCCUGGACCAGGAUCAGAAGGAGCUCCUGAUAGAAGUCAUUGAGAAACUGCUGAAGGACAAAAGCACAUUGGUAGCAGGCAGCGUUGUGAUGGCCUUUGAGGAGGUGUGUCCAGACCGUAUUGACCUGAUCCAUAAGAACUACCGUAAACUCUGCAACCUGCUAGUGGACGUGGAGGAGUGGGGUCAGGUGGUCAUCAUCUCCAUGUUGACACGCUACGCCAGGACACAGUUCACCAACCCCUGGAAAGAGGAAGGUGUGUUUGAUGAGCGCAAUGAGAGGGCGUUCUAUGAGUCUGAUGAGGAAAAGACUAGAGAUGAGACGGAGGCCAAGCCCUACAUGAUGGACCCUGACCACAGACUGCUGCUCAGGAACACCAAGCCUCUACUACAGAGCAGAAACACUGCCGUGGUGAUGUCUGUAGCCCAGCUGUACUGGCACCUGGCUCCUAAAAACGAGGUCAGCAUCAUCACCAAAUCUCUGGUCAGACUGCUCAGAAGCCACAGAGAGGUGCAAUACAUUGUGUUACAGAACAUUGCCACCAUGUCCAUCCAGAGAAAGGGCAUGUUUGAACCUUACAUGAAGAGUUUUUAUGUGAGAUCCACAGAUGCCACUCACAUCAAAUCACUCAAGCUGGAGAUCUUGACCAGCCUGGCCAACGAAGCCAACAUCUCCACUAUCCUUAGAGAGUUCCAGACCUAUGUGAAGAGCCAGGACAAGCAGUUUGCUGCCGGUACCAUCCAGGCCAUAGGCAGGUGUGCCACCAACAUCUCUGAGGUCACAGACACCUGCCUCAAUGGACUGGUGCUGCUGCUCUCCAACAGAGACGAGACGGUGGUCGCGGAGAGUGUGGUGGUGAUCAGGAAGCUGCUCCAGAUCCAGCCCACCCAGCACAGUGAUAUCAUCAAACACAUGGCCCAACUCUUUGACAACAUCACUGUGCCGAUGGCGCGGGCCAGCAUCCUGUGGCUAAUGGGAGAGUAUUGUGAGAGGGUCCCUAAGAUCGCCCCUGACGUCCUCCGCAAGAUGGCCAAGAGCUUCACCUCCGAGGAGGACAUCGUCAAGCUCCAGACUGUCAACCUGGCUGCCAAACUCUACCUCACCAACUCCAAACAGACUAAGCUGUUGACCCAGUACAUUCUGAACCUGGGGAAAUAUGACCAGAACUAUGACAUCAGAGACCGCACGCGAUUCAUCCGCCAGCUCAUUGUGCCCAAUGACAAGAACGGAGCGCUCAGCAAGUACGCCCACCGCAUUCUGCUGGCGCCCAAACCAGCACCUGUCCUCGAGUCUGCCUACAAAGACCGCGAUCGUUACCAGUUGGGAACCCUGUCCCACACCAUCAACACCAAAGCCAGUGGCUACCUGGAGCUCUCUGAUUGGCCCGCCGUGGCUCCUGACCAAUCAGUGAGGAAUGUGGAGGUAAUUGAGCCGGUGAAGGAGUGGGCUCCAUCUCUAGGGAAGACUGGGAAAUCCAAGCCUGCCAAAUCAUCAGAUGACAAGUUCUACUCUGACUCAGGAGAGGAGGAGGAGGAGAAGGGAUCAGGGAGCAGUAGCAGUGAGGAUGGCAGUAGUAGUAGUAGUGAAGAGUCAGGCAGCGAUGCAGAGAGCCAUGUCCAGAAGAACAGCAGUCAGAGCAGUGAGGAGUCAGACAAGUCCUCCAGCCAAUCAGAGAAGAGUUCCAGUGAAUCUGACUCUGAAAAGAAGGAGAGGAAAACUAAGACCCCACUACAGAAGAAGACAGUCAAACCAACAGCCAAAGACAGUGAUUCGGAUGAGAAUGGGAACAUUGCUAAAGAAGCCAACAGUUCGUCUGCAGAAGAGAGCUACUCUGAUUCUGAUUCUGAUUCAGAAUCAGACUCUGACACCCACACAGACUCUGACUCAGGCACCGAACACAAGAAGGAGACCAAGUCUAAAGCCAAACCCAAGGUGGAGGUGAAGUCAACGAAGGAGGUGUCUCUGUUGGAUCUGGGUGACUUCACUCCUGCACCAGUGACCCAGCACAAGUCUUCUGUCCUCUCUCCUAGCUUGCUAGGAGACCUGGAGGGCCUGUCACUCUCCAAUGUCUCCUCCAUCAUCCAGGUGAGCGGUCCAGCGUUUGUCCCAGAGAAGAGCCAUGACCUGCUGCACCGUAUGACAGGUAAAGGUCUGUCAGCCCAGUACCAGUUCCCCAGACAGCCCUGUCUCUACCAGCCCACCAUGGUCUCAGUCCAGAUCAGCCUGACCAACACCACAGACCAUCCUCUGGAACAGAUCCACAUUGGAGACAGGAGCCCCACAGGACUCAACAUGCACUGCUUCAAUACUAUAGAGUGUCUGGAGCCAGAGGCCUCAGUGACUGUUUUCAUGGGCAUCGACUUCAACGACUCAACACAAGCAGCCAACUUCCAGCUGUGUACGAAGGAGGACCAUUUCAGUGUGUCCAUCCAGCCUGCCAUAGGGGAACUCCUCCUGCCCAUCACCAUGACCGAACUGGACUUCCGCAAGGAGAAAGGUAAACUUCUGGGCAUGAACGAGAGCUCGGCAACCAUCACCAUGGCAGCAGAGAACAUGACCAGCCAACCAAUCAGCAGACCAGUGGCAACCGUGGCCAACCUGGGAGUGGUUCCAUCCAGUCAAGGCAACGUCCACAGGUUUGCUGGUAAGACGGCCAGUAGUAGAGCUGUGGUGCUGGUGACGGUGGAGCUGAGGGAGUCGUCUACAGCCCUGAUCACCAUCAACACAGAAAAGAGUGUCAUGGGCUCCAUGCUGCUCCGAGACCUUAAACUGGCCCUGGCCCAGGCCUAGAGUCUACAGCGCCCCCUAGCGCUAGUCCUCCAACACAGGGAGAAAUGCACAGCUACCUUGGAGAGAUCUCAUGCAUGCAAAAACACACAUACACUCACACAUACACAACAUUUAUUUCUGUCUCCCAAUCUCAAUUCUUCUUCCUCUCUUUCAUUCUCUGUCACGCAAAUACACACUUACAUGCAGGCAAAGAGAUUGAUAUGGUUUCUCUCAUGCUUAAACAUCCUCUCAUACGGUACACACUCAUACACACAUCUCAUCAUAUUUUUUUUACACUGUGACAGUCUAUUGUCAGCAAUGAGCAUCAAUGUUCAUUUCAACAGGACUCUUGUUUCUCCGUAGACCUGAGACUCUGUGUCUCCCUAGACCUGAGACUCUGUGUCUCCCUAGACCUGAGACUCUGUGUCUCCCUAGACCUGAGACUCUGUGUCUCCCUAGACCUGAGACUCUGUGUCUCCCUAGACCUGAGACUCUGUGUCUCCCUAGACCUGAGACUCUGUGUCUCCCUAGACCUGAGACUCUGUGUCUCCCCAGACCUGAGACUCUGUGUCUCCCCAGACCGGAGACUCUGUGUCUCCCCAGACCGGAGACUCUGUGUCUCCCCAGACCGGAGACUCUGUGUCUCCCCAGACCGGAGACUCUGUGUCUCCCCAGACCGGAGACUCUGUGUCUCCCCAGACCGGAGACUCUGUGUCUCCCCAGACCGGAGACUCUGUGUCUCCCCAGACCGGAGACUCUGUGUCUCCCCAGACCGGAGACUCUGUGUCUCCCCAGACCGGAGACUCUGUGUCUCCCCAGACCGGAGACUCUGUGUCUCCCCAGACCUGAGACUCUGUGUCUCCCUAGACCUGAGACUCUGUGUCUCCCUAGACCUGAGACUCUGUGUCUCCCCAGACCGGAGACUCUGUGUCUCCCCAGACCGGGUAACCAAAAAUGUGUUCAUCAUUCAAUGAGGUCUGUAUCACUUUUGGUGAAAAGAACUGAAUAUAUUAAAACUGUAACGAACUGAACUAUGGUUGUUGACGGUUGUUUUGAAUGAGUCUCCCUUGAUUGUGGUGCUUUGUGUGUUUGGUUAGUGUGUCGGGUUGUUUUCCAGUGUGUUUGUGGGUAGGGUUGUGGUGCAGUGUGACUAACUGGGUCUUGGAUUUCGGUGCGUUGGCUAUGUGUGUGUUGGGCUAGGAUGCAAUGUUGGGUUGGGUUAGGGUGCUGUGUUUUGUGUCUGGCUGUGUUAGAGUAUAGUGUGUUUGUGUGUUGGGUGCAGUGUUUGUGUUGUGGUUUGUCUGGCUGUGUUUUCCAGCUCAUAAGCGAGGUGUCUCUGAGGGCUAUAGAGAACACCUGUUAGAUCAUCCAUCACCUCUCCCUACGCACUUAUUCCCCCUGCCAGCUGUUCAUCACACACACACACACACACACACACACACCGACAGCCCAUAGACAAUCACUACAACAGACCUCAAAAUAUUUUUUCACACCCACUUCUUCUGCCAUGUUCCCCUCUCAGACACACACAGCGAGAGCUGCAACUGGCAGUGUAUAGAAAUGGCUUUAUCUGCCAUUAUGACACAAGCCGUUAAGGCCUACUGCAGCUGUAACUUACAGCUCCGUCUGACCCACACACACAAAUCUGGAGCUUUUACACUCCCGGCUUGACGUUUUUAUGUCACAUUUAGAGAAGGAAUGGUCUGCUGCUAAAUCAGACUUUACACAACACAGACGUCCUGGCCUGAUGCUAAAUCAGACUUUACUCAACACAGACGUCCUGGUCUGAUGCUAAAUCAGACUUUACACAACACAGACGUCCUGGCCUGAUGCUAAAUCAGACUUUACUCAACACAGACGUCCUGGUCUGAUGCUAAAUCAGACUUUACUCAACACAGACGUCCUGGCCUGAUGCUAAAUCAGACUUUACUCAACACAGACGUCCUGGUCUGAUGCUAAAUCAGACUUUACUCAACACAGACGUCCUGGUCUGAUGCUAAAUCAGACUUUACUCAACACAGACGUCCUGGCCUGAUGCUAAAUCAGACUUUACUCAACACAGACGUCCUGGCCUGAUGCUAAAUCAGACUUUACUCAACACAGACGUCCUGGCCUGAUGCUAAAUCAGACUUUACUCAACACAGACGUCCUGGUCUGAUGCUAAAUCAGACUUUACUCAACACAGACGUCCUGGCCUGAUGCUAAAUCAGACUUUACUCAACGCAGACGUCCUGGCCUGAUGCUAAAUCAGACUUUACUCAACACAGACGUCCUGGCCUGAUGCUAAAUCAGACUUCACUCAACACAGACGUCCUGGCCUGAUGCUAAGUCAGACUUUACUCAACACAGACGUCCUGGCCUGAUGCUAAAUCAGACUUCACUCAACACAGACGUCCUGGCCUGAUGCUAAAUCAGACUUCACUCAACACAGACGUCCUGGCCUGAUGCUAAAUCAGACUUCACUCAACACAGACGUCCUGGCCUGAUGCUAAAUCAGACUUCACUCAACACAGACGUCCUGGCCUGAUGCUAAAUCAGACUUUACUCAACACAGACGUCCUGGCCUGAUGCUAAGUCAGACUUCACUCAACACAGACGUCCUGGCCUGAUGCUAAAUCAGACUUUACUCAACACAGACGUCCUGGCCUGAUGCUAAAUCAGACUUCACUCAACACAGACGUCCUGGCCUGCUGCUAAUUACAACACAAAUCAGGAAAUACGUGAGAGCGGACAAUUAUCAUUUGAUAACAACAAACAAAGGUGGUACCAACAGCAUGUUCAUUUAAAUAUUCUGAGUGGCUGAGUGACCUGAUUCUCUGGAUGCCUCUCCCCAAUAGCUAAACAACCAUACCUUCUGUGCAAGUGCUACUUUAUUGUGAAAGGUAUGUUGUACAAACCUCUUAGUCUGCUGUUACUUUAAAGGACAUGACGAUCAACAUGUUGUACAACGGUCCGCGAGUGAAACUCUGAAAUGAAACACUUAUUUCAUAGUAGACACUAGAUGCCGUUCUAAUAAACAGAGUGGUUUCUGUUUUCUUCCUACAAAUAUGGCUCUAUCUUUUGAAUGGUUUAUUAAGCUACAACAUAUUAUGACCCCAUCACUGAGAAGAUAAGACUCUCAGGAACACAUGUGUCUUCUGUUUCCCUCUACGAUGACCACAAGCUGUUCAAGACUCAUUAGAACAGAGUGGACAGGACCAGCCACUAAAUCAGAGGGGGAAAAGAACAUCAUCAAUGAUUUUACUCAACACAGACAAAAUGAUUGCCUGAUGAUCUUCUGAACAUCCCAAUACCUUUCUGAUGCAUUUCAGUUACUUCCAACCAUACUUCCUUCAGAUUGAAUACUGUCAAAAGUACUGUCAGGCUGAUUUUGUAAUAGCUCCAAUUAAAGAAGUAAACAUUGGCCGUUGAUUACAUAAUGUUUUGUUACAUGGUGGUGUUGUGAUUUUAUUUUUUUGCCAAAUUGGGUCGCGCGUCAAAGUUACUGUUAACGACGUCAUCAACAUGUUGGACAAACUUCUUUGUCUGUUGUAACUAUAAUGACGUUGUAAUACAGAACACAAGCAGGACACAGACAGGCAGUCUAAGUAGCAAUUUAAUGUUCUUAAUUA